AGCUCUGUUACUUCGUUUUCUCUCCAUUUUAUCCCUAUGAUGUAUGAGCCAGGCAGCGAGCAAAUUAACUGCAACGGCCACAUUAUUGACUUGCCCUCGCUGGAGGUAGUAAAAACAGCACCCAAAAUGCCAGGAGAUGCAAAUAUUGAUUGGUUACUUCACAUUUACUUUACCCGGCGUGAAUUUAAACGCUGUCGUCGUCUUAUCGAACGUGAGUUGAAUCGUCAUUUGAAUCCUGAAUAUCUAUACUUUGUGCAGGGCUUAAUUGACCGCGAAGAAGGCAAUAACAUUGAGGCAUUGAGAAAUCUACAAAAAUCAGUGGAGCUAAAUUCAAAAAACACCGAGACCUAUAAAGAAAUUGGACGCACCCUCUAUUUAAUGGGACGCUUUGCACAGGCUUUAAAUGUAUUCCGUGAGGCGGAACAACUUAGUCCCCGUCAGGAUCAUGAAAUUUAUCAUUACUUAGGCGAACUAUUAUAUAGGGCAGCUGCCACACAAACUAAACGUGAAGUGGCACGUCAACAACUGGCCGAGUCACGUUCCUAUUUUGAAAUGUCCAUACAAAGUGGUAAAAAAUUGGAAAGUUUUAUGCGUCUAGCUGAGCUGUAUCGCAAGGAGAAGGAAUACCAAAUGGCCAUUGAUGUGCUUGAGACAUGUUUACAUUUGACACCCGAAAAUGCUGAGGUAUUGACUGAAAUCAGCGUUUUAUAUUUAAAAAUCAAUGAGACCCAAAAGGCCUACGAUCGUCUGCAGGAAGUCGUUAACAUUGAAAGGAAAUGCCAGCCAAAGGGCUUGCUAGCCUUUGGUGCCAUUUUGCAGUCGCGCAACGACAUCGAUGGCGCCUUGAGCAAAUAUAGUCAAAUCGCAAAUGCCGAACCGGAAAUUGCCGAACUCUGGAAUAACAUUGGUUUGUGUUUCUUUAAGAAGCAAAAAUUCAUUGUGGCAAUUUCAUCGUUACGCAAAUCAGUUUGGCUCUCACCGCUCAACUAUAAUGCUCUUUAUAAUUUGAGUUUAAUUUACAUUGCUUCUGAACAAUAUGCCAGUGCCUUUCACACUCUGGCAGCAGCCAUAAACCUGCGCAAGGACAAUGCUGAAUGUUAUAUGCUAUUGGGAUUAUGUUUACGUAAAUUGGAUGAUAUGGAGAACGCAUUUAAUGCCUUUGAGCGUGCUGGCAAUGUGAUAUUGGCCUUUCCGGCAAACUCUACACGUAAUCCUUUAAUAUUUUUGAAUUAUGCCCUAUUCUGCUAUGAGACAGGACGUUUGGCCUUGGCUACCGAGCAGUACAAUAGAUUUUUGAGUCAAGCUCAGGACUUAAUGCUACCCACUGAGUACAAAUAUCAAGCAACCAAAUUGAAAUCUCUUCUACGCAUUACAAGUAAUGGCAAUGGCAUUUUAUUGGACGCAAGUGAAAAUGAUAUCCGAAUAUCCGAGCACACUAAUGGUCUCCAGCAGACAGAUGACUUACCAUUGGAAGUGAAUGCAGUUGUAAAUAAUCAAAAUUAAUCAAAGAACU